AGAGCCCCGCCCCCGCCGGGUGUGUGUGUCGUGUGUGUUUGGGGCCCGCGCGGGUUGUGCGCCCUCCGCCUUCGCACCUCCUGCCCCCGAGGCCCGACUGCUGCCCCCGCGCCCUUCGCCCCGCCAAGCGUCGCGGGCCAACAUGGGCCAGGAAGAGGAGCUGCUGAGGAUCGCCAAAAAGCUGGAGAAGAUGGUGGCCAGGAAGAAAACGACCGCACAAUGAACAGAAGCCUGGGCAGGACCCGGGCCCCAGUCCUCACUUCUGGCCUCCCACAGGAAGGGGCCCUGGACCUUCUGAAGAAGCUGCACAGCUGCCAGAUGUCCAUCCAGCUACUACAGACAACCAGGAUUGGAGUGGCUGUUAAUGGGGUCCGCAAGCACUGCUCAGACAAGGAGGUGGUGUCCCUGGCCAAAGUCCUCAUCAAAAACUGGAAGCGGCUGCUAGACUCCCCUGGACCCCUAAAAGGAGAAAAAGGAGAGGAAAGAGAAAAAGCAAAGAAGAAGGAAAAAAGGCUUGACUGUUCAGACUGGAAGCCAGAAGCAGGCCUUUCUCCGCCAAGGGAAAAACGAGAAGAGCCCCAAACCAGGAGAGACUCUGCGGACUCCAAGUCUUCUGCCACCUCCUCUCCAAGAAGGCCAUCGGUGGAAAGAUCAAACAGCAGCAAAUCAAAAGCGGAGAGUCCCAAAACACCUAGCAGCCCCUUGACCCCCACGUUUGCCUCCUCCAUCUGCCUCCUGGCCCCCUGCUAUCUCACAGGAGACUCUGUCCGGGACAAGUGUGUGGAGAUGCUGUCAGCAGCCCUGAAGGCGGAUGAUGAUUACAAGGACUAUGGAGUCAACUGUGACAAGAUGGCAUCAGAAAUCGAAGAUCAUAUCUACCAAGAGCUCAAGAGCACGGACAUGAAGUACCGGAACCGCGUGCGCAGCCGCAUCAGCAACCUCAAGGACCCCAGGAACCCCGGCCUGCGGCGAAAUGUGCUCAGUGGAGCCAUCUCUGCAGGGCUGAUAGCCAAGAUGACGGCAGAGGAAAUGGCCAGUGAUGAACUGAGGGAGUUGAGGAAUGCCAUGACCCAGGAGGCCAUCCGUGAGCACCAGAUGGCCAAGACCGGCGGCACCACCACUGACCUCUUCCAGUGCAGCAAAUGCAAGAAGAAGAACUGCACCUAUAACCAGGUGCAGACACGCAGUGCUGAUGAGCCCAUGACGACCUUUGUCUUAUGCAAUGAAUGCGGCAAUCGCUGGAAGUUCUGCUGAUGGAACAGCCAGGACUGACAUGAACAAGGUGAGGAAGAACAAAGAGGAAGCACUAAACUGUCUGAACUGGAGAAGCAAUAAAAAUUAAAGUAAAGGAAAAUACUGAA